UUUUAGUAAGGCAAGACCUUCAUGAACUUUUAUUAACACUUCUUUUGGGAUCUGUGAGGCUUGUAAAAGUUAACUUCGACUCGUUUAUUGAGGAAGCCAUUGUCAAUUUGAGCAAUAUGAAGUCUGUCCUCGGCUUUAAUAAUUGAUUCGGAUCCUCUACAUAUUUGUCUUAUUGAGAUUUAGAGUACCUAAUCCUAUGACUAUAGCAAAAAGUAGCCUUCUUGGGCAUACUGAAGCAAACCAAUUAACAGAAUAUUUUUCCUGUUGCUUUAAGCUCUGAUGUUUUUAUGCAAUAUUUCCGGAUGGACAUUGAAGAUCCUGAUGUCUUCUUGAUAAAUAUAUGCAAGUUUUUGACUCCAUUGAGGUAAGAGACAAAUGAUCGCCUCUUCAAUACGCACUCAAGCGUAUAAUAAGUGGGGAACUGAUGAACCACUUCGACAGUCUUUUGGACUUCAGGACUAGGAUGAAUCUUAAUAACUCACCUUUAUUUCAGCAAAAGUAAGUUAAGGCGCUAUUUUAUUGAAUCAGCCCAGAUGAUACUUCUCUUUUAAACUUCGCCAAAACCUUAGAACUUAGAUAAAGAGCAUAAUGGUUAUCAUAAACUCAUUCCUCAGCAACUCACGAGUGCCAUAAUCUAGAGUUAGCAGCAUCCCUAGUCUUAAACUGUGGCCUCUGUUAGCAAUUUGAGCCCAUUUCCUACUUUUAGGUUAUUUUCACACAAGGAAAGAAUUAAUAUGAAACCAAAGAGGUUUGCUUAAUUAUAUCCAGAUGGUUCAGGGUUAACCCUUCAAAAUAAACUUCAUGUUCAAGAUUUUGAAACAAACAAAUUUCUGACUGGAGUGGGCUAAAUGUCUUUAUUACACUCUCUCAUGUUGCUGACAUCUUUUUCUUGGAUUUCUAAUACGUUUUAGCAUAGUUUCAAAGGAGUAUGUAUGGCUGAGAUAUUUACAACAGAGCCUUCCGUCAUUAUAUUUCCAACUUUC